AUGCCAUCUUCCAAGAACCAAGUAACAGAGUCCUUCGUCAAGAAGACCCAGCAUAUCAACGCUUACCUCUCCAUCGAGGUGGAACCCUGCCCAGAGCCCCCAACAUCAAAUUUGUCAGCCCUCGACGACAGUAACCGGUCCCGUAUCAUCUCGAGGCUGCACCUAUUGCUACUCUUGCCACUACUGGCUGUAGUGAUCAUCGGAGUGGCCUCUUCUAGCACUCCAUUGCGUACGGCUGAGGCUGUACGUGAACAAGAACCCGAAGACGCCCAUGACUAUGAAAAACGUGAAGUGGAGAACUGCGUGCCCUACGAUAUCCGCUCGAAUAUCGUGGGUUCUCAAGCUGUGGUGGAAUGGUCAACUCGACGCACUUAUAUCCCUCAAGUGAACCUUCAAAAAGCUGGUGAUGACAGCCCCGCUCUUGAGAAUCCGUGGCGUUCAUGCCACGACGUGGCCGACGUGGAAGUACGCUACCGUCGUCUUGGAGCAAACGAUACGAUGCUACUCAUUGGGGAUAGCAACGAGCCAUUCACCAGGAAAGUGGCUACUACUAACACUUCCGACACGGCCUCGUUCAAUGCCCAUUCGGUUCGAAUCGAUCUCCUGGAAGGAGAAGAGGACAUAGCGUACGAGUUUACUGUCGGCUCGGCGUUCCACGGUUGGUCGGCCGUGCACCGACUUGGUUUUAAUGUCCCGUACCGAGGAGACGAAGCCGAGCGAUGCCGUCCAAAGCACGUUCACACAGCAUACGGCCGCACACCAGGCAGCUUGUCUGUACAGUGGAUGACCAAGCAAUUCUGCGCAGAGGGAGACACUCAGUUGAAGUUAGUGGAAGGAUACCAUGCUCACAUUGAGGUCGAAGGCCCGAAGGCGACACCUGUGGCGGCCUGGGCCAACACGACACUAUUCGAGGACGAAGGUGAAGCGCAGUCCAAACGCUGGAUGCAUGUUGUGAGACUAGAGGGACUGAAACCCGACACGAGAUAUACUUACGUCGUGGGCAACGCGCACUACUCGUCGUGGUCGAUUCCGUAUGUCACUAAGACUGCCCCUGCACUGCUGCAUCCUAGAGAGAAGCCCAAGCCUACGCGGUUCCUCGUCACGGGGGAUAUUGGCUACCAGAACGCGGCCACGCUGCCGAUGAUGCAGUCCGAGGUGGCUGAAGGUUUCGUGGAUGGUGUGGUGUCUAUCGGAGACUACGCUUACGACCUGGACAUGAUGGAUGGUCAUGUCGGGGAUAUCUUCAUGCAGCAGAUCGAGCCUUUUGCAGCUAGUGUCCCAUUCAUGGUGUGCCCCGGAAACCAUGAACAUCACAACACCUUUAGUCACUACUCGGAACGCUUUCGACUCAUGCCAAGUAAUGAGAACGAAGGUGUACAGACUGUGCAUAUCGGCGGACGUUCGAAGGAAGCACGGCCCAAGGAGGUGCCGAACAACUGGUUCUACUCGUUUGACGUAGGGCUCGUGCAUUUCGCGGUUAUCUCCACGGAGAUUUACUUCAAAAAGACCUUCGAUGUGGACGGUGACGUGAUUGCACGACAAGAAGCCUGGCUGGAACAGGACCUUGCCAAGGCCAAUGCGAACCGGGAGCAGACUCCGUGGCUCGUUGUGAUCGGCCACCGACCCAUGUACUGCACCUCCGACAGCACCAACUGCGGGGAUAAGGCGGCAAUGCUGCGGGUCAGACUUGAAGACAAGUUUUUCAAACACGGUGUUGAUGUGUAUCUGUGCGGCCACCAGCACAACUACGAAAGAGCAUUCGACGUGUACAAGUCUCAGACAUGGAAACGGACGCACAACAUGCGCGCCACAACGCACAUCUUGACCGGAGCUUCUGGGCAGUACCUCACGACGAUCAUGCGUAAGGCAUUUGAACGACCAGCGGAGCCCUGGGACGCCUUCCGCAAUAACGUUUUUGGAUACUCGCGCAUGGAGGUCGUGAAUGCCACGCAUCUGCAUUGGCAGCAGAUUGAAGCCGACCCAGAAAACCCAGCGGCACGUGGACAUUAUGGAGAAAUCAUUGACGACGUGUGGCUCGUACAAGAACGGCAUGGCAGCUACGAGACCAGUGCAGUGUCAUAA